AUGCGGACGCUUCGAUCCCAGAAGUCUCUCUUUGAGGACGGAGCCUUCGCCAGCCUUUCCCGCGGUGGUGGCCCCGCUUCUGCUGAGGCAGAACGGCAGCUGCACUCGUGGGGUUUCGCAGAUGGAUCUGGCGCAGCCGCUUCCAGCGAGCGCCACUCUCAGUGUGUUCCGCCCGUGAGCGUAGAAGACCUGAGAGGCUCGCCACCCCUUUGGGGGUCUCAGAAACAGUCAGUUCACAGAAACACCAAUCUGGCUGCCUCAAUAACACCAGAGGUCCUGCGCACAGUAGAAAAAGGCUACCAUAUUCAGUUCGGCUCUCCACCGCCGAGAUUCAACGGGGUUACCCCGAUGUGCUUUCCUGCAUCUAAGCAGACUCUUAGCCUUUGGAUAGUCGAGGCUAUCAACGCCACCUAUGAGUCCUCUGGUGUCCCCUCACCGAUGGGAGUCAAGGCUCACUCCACUUGGGGUAUGCCGGCCUCCAAGGCCUUUUUAGCAGGUGUGUCCAUGCUGGACAUCUGCAACGCUGCAGGGUGGUCCACGCCUUCCACAUUUAAUAAAGUGCGGGAUUAUGUGUCAGACUCAGAUUCAGACUAUGAUGAAUCCAGCAGCCCAGAAGUCAUUUUGAGACAGGGUCUGGCUGCAGUUUUGAUCAGGUUCCUCCAGACUGAACCGCAAGGGCGUGUGCUGAAAGCAUGCCUGAGAUCCUUACGGAUUCUCUUGAGGGACAAAAAGGUUUUGAGCCCUCUGAUCACUGACAGAGCGCUUCUCACUCUAGCACACCUGGGCGGCUUCAGCCACGCACCUGUUCCCAAAGAAGACACCGACGGUGAUGCUGACCCAUAUAAUGACAUCAUCCAGGCUAUUUCUGAGAGAAAAUUGUGUCGAGCGGAUGAGGAUGAUCAUGGUGGCGAGGAAGUUGAAGGUUCUGGGGCCGUAAGCAGCGAUGUGAAUGACCCUGUGGUCUGGGGUCAGAGCGACUGGUGUGGCGAGCGCAAGCCCAGCACGUUUUGGGCACAAGAGAGAGCCAGCGAACUCAGUCUCCUUUGUGGUCUGACAGAAAAGCUAAAUAAGGAGUUUCAGUCUUGUGGUCAGUUGUAUGCACUCCGGUUGAUGUUUUUACUGACGGCAUUGAGACCUGAACUCAGAGCACAGCUGAAACAAGAGGGAGGAGUCCCGCUGUUGACCACAGUGCUGGAGAAGAGUUUAUCAGUGCAGUGGAAGGAAGAGUUUGAGGUCGUGCUGGAUCCUACAGCGCCUCCUAUAAGUCUGGAGUACUCACAGCAGGAUCAGGAGGCCCUCAAGAUCCUUUUUAAUAUCACACACAGCACACACACUCAGAACCCUGAAGAGGGAGAUGCGUCUCUCUAUCGCCACCUGGCUGCAGUUUUGCGUCACUGUCUGAUGGUAUCCUGUGAGGAGGAGGAGGAGGAGGAAACUGCAGAUGAGUUAAAGGGGCAUGCAGUGAAUAUGCUGUCUGCUCUCCCGUUGAGCUGUCUAGACGUUCUGGUAUCUGUGCCUCUGGCUCCAGACUCUCACCAGAUGAAUGGAGCCAACAUGGACUGUGUGCACAACCUGCUCAUGUACAUGGAGAGAAAACUGGAGCAGGGUGAAAAGGUCAAAGAGAGACUGACCCCCGUGCUGAACUUGCUGACCGAAUGCUCCAGAGCUCACAGAGACACAAGACACUACCUCAGACAACAGAUUCUGCCUCCAUUAAGAGAUGCCAGCACUAAACCUGAGGAGGGAAACACCAUGAGGAAUCGUCUGGUCAGACUGAUGACAAACCUGACACUGAGCUCAAACACUGCAAAUACCUCUCAGAUAUUCUGGGGAAAAAAUACAGAAAUUUCCUCCAAAACCACAUAACAAUCUUAAAAAUAAAGGUUUCUAAAAGGUUUUUUUUUUUGCAAUGUUGCCAUAUCAAAGUUUACAUCUCAGAGUUAAGUGGUUUUUUUUCUCCCAUGAUCUCACAAUUAUGACUUUUCUUCUUACAAUGGAUGAUAGUAUAUCACAGCUCUGAAAAAAAAAGUCAGAAUUGUGAAAUAAAAAGUCACGAUUAGCUUUUUUUCAUUUUCUUCCAUAUUAAAGAUCCAUUUUUUCUUAGCAAUAAGAUUUAAUAUUAUUGUAAUAUUUAAUUAACAUUAAGAUUGAACCAUUUUAUUAUUUGUUUUAAUAACCUGAACAAACUAUAAAGAGCCUUUUGUUCAAUGUAUGUUAAAGGUUCCAUAGAGGUUAAAGGUUCUUCAUAGAACUAUAUGUGCCAAUAAAGAGUGUUACUUUAUUAACUAAUGCACAUCCGGUCUCAAAAGCUGAAUCAAUAAGAUUUGUUUAAACAAACGAAUACUUUUAUUUAGCAUGGAUGCAAUAAAUUCAUCAAAAGUGACAGUA